CCCACUGAAGCUGAUGUGCGCAGUGUGCAGAAAAAGACAACAUUUUCGUUUAUUUCAGCCUCGGCGGGACAAUUGGCCCAUUGUUUCCCGGUCAAAGUGACCGCUUCUUCCACAAUUUGCAGUCACUUUGCACGACUUGGUCGUCGAUCGUUGAACCAGUCGGGCAGGCCAACGCUGAUUGGCCGAAAUGGACACCUUUCCCCGAGGCCUGUGAGCCAAUCCCGAUGCGGGAGCAUUUCAACCACCUUGGCCGCUGGCACUUGGUCUGACCGUCUUUAUGCAAACGCACCUUGCCAAUGUACCAAUCAGUUGACCUGUCUUGCCGACAAUUGGCAUCUUCCCUCUAUCGGACAGCCAUUCAGUUGGGAACUCGUGUUCGGAAUGGGCGGACCACGUCAAAUGGGCCCUCCACCUUCUCUUGUCCUCACGACGGCCGGGCCCAUACGAACUCAGCUGUAG